GACUUAGACGGAUUGCGCGUCAUCUCGCCUUCCCAAAUUUUCUCCUUUUGCAGCUCGAAUCCAAAACAUCUAUCUAUAGUAGGCAAAGGAGUACAGGGGGAAAGAUGUUUAACUCGGUAAAUCUGAGCAACUUCUGCUCCCAGACACGUAAAGACCGGACAUCUGAGUUCGGGGACAGGACAGGCUGUGCCUCCAAUAUCUACCUCCCCAGCUGCACCUACUACGUCCCAGAAUUUUCCACCGUUUCUUCGUUUCUUCCGCAAGGGCCUUCGCGGCAAAUUACAUACCCCUACACUACAAAUUUGUCUCAAGUGCAACCGGUACGAGAUGUUUCCUACGGCCUGGAUCCUUCCAGCAAGUGGCACCACAGAACUAACUACGCGACGUGCUACUCCGGAGAGGAUCUGGUGCACAGGGACUGUCUUCCGCCAUCCACCAUGACAGAAAUGCUCAUGAAAAACGAGAGCGUGUACAGCCACCACCACCAUCACCACCAUCCUAGCUCUAACCACCCAUCUACUGGUUUCUAUUCCAGUGUCGGGAAAAACAACGUGCUGCCUCAAGGUUUUGAUCGCUUUUUUGAAACGGCGUAUUGUGGCACUGACAAUCAGUCAGACCAUUGUUUACAAAAGAGCGAGACGACUAAACUCGAGAGCACGUCCCAGCAACCCAGCGCAGUUUCGGGAGUGGAAGAGCCAGAAAAGGACGCCGAAGACGAAGAAGAAAGAACAAAUUCGGGCUCGUGUAGCUCCUCAGGCACAAAGGAAGGCAACGCAAGCAAAAUCAACCAUUCGAGUGCCCCCCGCACGAGGAAGAAGAGAUGUCCAUACUCCAAGUUUCAGAUUCGCGAACUGGAACGAGAGUUUUUCUUUAACGUUUACAUCAACAAGGAGAAAAGGCUGCAACUCUCCAGAAUGUUAAACCUUACUGACAGACAAGUGAAAAUAUGGUUUCAAAAUCGCAGAAUGAAAGAAAAGAAAUUAAGCAGAGACCGCUUGCAGUAUUUCUCUGGGAACCCAUUGUUGUAAACUACGGACUUAUUUCAGUAGGCCAAGGUUGAUUUUACUUGAUAUUUCCGAAAACUUUGGAUGUUCCAUCAUUCUAUGAUCUAUUCAUCAUUUAUCUCGAUGAAGCCGACAUUACUGACUAAAUUCGCAUGGAUUAUUAUUAUUAUUAUUAUUAUUAUUAUUAUUAUUAUUAUUAUUAUUAUUUGUAAUAACAGAGAAAGGCGUCUUGGGACGAUAAAUAAGGAGCUUUGAAUUCAAGCCUUUUUAGUUAAAAAUUCAAGUUCAGAUUCACUUUUCACAAGGUUUUUGAGGAAAAUCACAGGCUACACUGAAAUCUUUGUAGGUAUCUUAUUCACAAUACACAUUUAAUGACUAGUUGCUGUAAAUAUGUUACAAAACAAAGUCGAACUGAAGUCGGAGUCGUCGUGCAAGAUCUUAUAUUUUUCUUUUCUUUCUUUCGUUUUUUUUUUUUUUUUUUUUUUUACAUUUUCGUCAUUUUAAACUGUGACUUGUACAAUCUGUAAUAAUGUAUUCCUUGUACAGAGACUAUGCAACGUGCAUUUGUGAUUGUAAAUAUAGCUAUAUAUUACGUUCACUUUCCCUAACAUUGCUGCUAUUUUCUUUAUAUUGUCCGAGCAGUUCUCGCGCGCUUUAGCCUAGGACCCAUGUUCCUUUCUUUAACUUAUUUGCUUUAUGUUAUGCCCAGUGUCCUUUUGUCUUUAUUCAGAGAGCGCAAAGAUUACAUUUGGACUUUGUAUGAUAUAUGGUAUACCGCAUAUGAAAUAAAUAUAUACAAUGUAAA